AGGCGGAGAGGCGGCGGAUGGAGGCGGCGCGUCCGUGGCCCGCGCCCGGCGGGGACAGUGCCUUUGAAGAUAAUAGUGUGAAGUUGCGGCAGCUGAAACUGGACAACCAGCGAGCCCUGCUGGAGAAGAAGCAGAGGAAGAAACGUCUGGAGCCACUCAUGGUGCAGCCGAACCCAGAGGCCAAGCUGCAGCGUUCCAAGCCCAGGGACGGCGACGAUCAGACCCCAUUGGUGGAGCCGCCCCGGGUGCCCGGGCCCCCCAGCCGGCUGCUUCUGCAGGGCAUCGAUGGUCCAGCCGCCUUCUUAAAGCCAGAGACCCCCGAGCCGGAGCCCAGACCCCACAUCCUGUCGGUGGCAUCGUCUGCUGCAGAGGCUAGCCCCGGGCAGUCGCCCCCCAGGGCUGACUUGCAAGAGAUCCUGCAGCAGCAUGGGAUCUCGGCCAGCCUGAACUUUGACGAGGAGUUGCCCGAAGGAGAGGGAGGGGUUGGUAACCAGUCGGGGUCACCACCACCCCCGCCGUAUGCUGAUCCCGAGCGCCCCAGCUCCGCCACCAGCUGCAAAUCCACACCGGACCAAGGUGGGUGCAGUGCUGUCCCCGUCCCCGCGGCCACGGCCGGAACCCUGGGGGAGGUGGAGAAUCUGGAGGACUUUGCGCUGCGCCCCGCGCCCCGGGGCGUCACGGUCAAGUGCCGCGUCACUCGGGACAAGAAAGGCGUGGACCGUGGCCUCUUCCCCACCUACUACAUGCACCUGGAGCGGGAGGACAACCGCAAGACGUUCCUUCUUGCGGGGAGAAAGCGGAAAAAGAGCAAGACAUCCAACUACCUCAUCUCCAUCGACCCCACCGACUUAUCCCGGGAGGGGGGCAGCUACGUUGGCAAACUCAGGUCCAACCUGAUGGGCACACGGUUUACAGUGUACGACCACGGGGUCAGCCCGGCCAAGGCCCAGGGACUGGUGGAAAAAGCCCACAUCCGGCAGGAGUUGGCAGCCAUCUGCUAUGAAACCAACGUCCUGGGGUUUAAGGGCCCCCGGAAGAUGGCCGUGAUCGCCCCCGGCAUGAACCUCAGCCACGAGCGGAUCCCAUUCCGACCACGCCAUGAGCACGAGAGCCUGCUGUCCAAGUGGCAAACGCGGAACGUGGAGAACCUGAUUGAGCUGCACAACAAAGCCCCUGUCUGGAACGAUGACACCCAGUCCUACGUCCUCAACUUCCAUGGCCGGGUCACCCAGGCCUCCGUCAAGAACUUUCAGAUCGUCCAUGAGAAUGACCCGGACUACAUCGUCAUGCAGUUUGGGCGAGUGGCCAAAGACGUGUUCACGCUGGACUACAACUACCCCAUGUGUGCGCUCCAGGCCUUCGCCAUUGGGCUCUCCAGCUUCGACAGCAAACUGGCCUUGGAGCCGGUCCUCGAAGGGGCUGCUACUGGCCGGGCCUGCAUAGUCCCGAUGGAUGCGUCAGACAGAAUCUGCCCCCGUUGCCUUCCAGUCCUCCACGUCGAGUCCCUGCCAAUGCAACGAAUCAUGUGACCUUCUCCUUGGUCCUCCCUCACCAGUCCAUGGCCAAAGCCCUUCCCCCCGCCACUUCUUCCCGAUCUGGCCUGCCCCCUAGGCCACUUGCCCAUAUGCAGAGGAUGGGCUGACGUCCCUUAUGCUUCCCAGACUGUCUCACUGGGGCUGCUUCCUGUCUCCUGUCUGCACCAAGUGCUGAAGUGUUUGGCCAGAGAGGCAAAAGGAGCCGUGGGCCGACCCGCACCCUACCCUGCUGCCUGCCUUGCCCGGGGAGAGCUGGCCAGGGAGGAGAGCAGCCUUCCACCCCAGGCCCACCCACCUGUCCCUACCAGCACCCCUCCUGCCUGCCCCCAGCCUGUUUGCUCUCCGGGCCACAGCCUCCAGGAGGGGAGCAGGGGGCAGGGACUGCAGACCCAUCCCUUCCCUGCCCACUCCUCACAUACUCCCAGCCCCCGCGCUUAGCACUGCUUGGUUGUGCCGAGACAAAAGCCGCCCGCUGCUGACUGGGGUUUUCCAGAAAACCUAUUUAUAACUUUUGUACGUUCCGGCAAUAAAAAUAAUUUAUAGGAAAA